CAAUACUAAAUUUAAUCAUGUCGUUGGAGCAGACAGCAUGUGAAGAUUUGAAAGCAUUUGAAAGAAGAUUGACUGAAGUUAUUGCAUAUUUACAGCCACAAACAAAAAGAUGGAGAGUAAUCCUUUUCAUCAUUUCAACUUGCACAGCUAUUGGAGCAUGGCAGUGGCUUAUGGAUCCUCAGACAUCUGAGGUUAGUUUUUGCCAGUCUUUGAUGAAUCAUAUGUUCUUUACCAUAAGUAGCAUCAUUCUAGUAAUACUCUUCCUUCUUGGAAUUCAUAAACGAGUUGUAGCACCUUCAAUUAUUGUAUCUAGAGGAAGACAAGUCUUGGGUGAUUUUAACAUGUCUUGUGAUGAUAGUGGAAGACUGAUUUUAAAACCACGCCCCACAACGUCAUGACAAGACAUUCCACUGAUGUAUGUUAGGAGUAUGAAAUAAAGUUUACCAGAAUUCUUGGUUGUCAAGACAAAUGAAUAAUAAAAAGUUUUAAAAUAGAAAAUUAUCAAUUAUCAUUAGUUAUUGUUAAUUUGUUUUUUCAUGUCUUAUCAGUAUCACUAAGAAUAUACAAGGUAUUGUCCAAGACCCUAUAUCACUAAGAGGGUCUGGUCUACUCAGUCCAAAAAGUGUAAUCAUACUAACCACAUCACUCCAAGCAGCAGGUUUGGUACAGGCUGCUGUAUAAAUAACCCCGGCAUGUAUACAAACAUAAUACACUUGUUACAAAAGCUAACAGAGUGAGUGACAUUAUUCCCAGUUUUGGUUUAGGUGUGUAAUAAACAUACUUAUUAUCAACUAUAGUAAGUUUUCCCUCAUUGAGAAUCAUGAUUACUUUGUUUCUUCCCAGUAUUUCUAACAUCUCCAUAAUUUUUUUAAUGCACUUUACCUUCCCAACACUUCAUCAUAUAGAUAAAAAUCAUUUAUCAAGAUUAUUUUAAUAACAUAAAAUAUGUAUUAUAAAGAGAUACAGGGAAUAUAACUUUCACAAUAGUCUUUGUAUUUGUCAUAUAUGCAAACAAAAGAAGUGUAGAAACUUAUACCACAAAAAGUGGCUAAUGUUAAAUAGAUGUUUUAAUAUUCACACAAUUUCAGGUUGGGAUGCCCUUCCUCUAGUGUUUUUAAACUUUACUGGAACAAAAGGUUUUGAUAUUUUCAUAUGCAUGCAAACAUGCACAUAAAGUGAAGGAAAAUAAUAUCAUUUAUUCCCUUUGGGUGAAUGGUGCCAAGCCAAUAGAUGAUUCCAUUUUUGUAUUGCUGUCUCUUCCUUUUGAGUGUUGGUGAGUAACGGAGUGCCAUUAUCCUGAAGUGAAUAAUGUUUUGGUUAUGAUCAUUGAACUUUUCAUCACAGGUUUGUCUGGAUCACAGUUCUCGCUAUUAUAGAUAUGUUCACAUGCUUCUUCAGACAACAUUUUACCUGUUUCUCCUAUGUAUAGUUGUCCGCAGUAUGAACAAGUAAUGUAAUAAACUAAUAAUUGUGUAAAGUGUGGAGUUGGGUCCAAAUACCAAAGUACUGGUGUUGAUGUAAUGGCAUGUGUUGUAUUAUUAACACGCAUAGCAAUGUGUACCACAUUGAAGAUGAGUAAUUUCUUCUGGUUUCUUCAAUCAUGCAUGAACCAAUAUAUCUUUUAGGUUUUUCCAUGUUGAUACAAAGUGGUAGCUUUAUGUUUGAAUGUAUCUUCUAAAGUUUUGUCAUUUUAAAGUAUCCCAUAUUUGUUCUUAAUUACAUUAGAAACAUGGCUGUUUUGCAGAUGAUAUGUCAUUAUUAUAGAAACUUGAUUUUUACAAUUAUUUGUUUUUACCUUCAGUUGUAGUGCAGAAUUAUGGCUGAUCUUUGCAAGCUUAGUUGAUUUUAGAGGAUGUGAGAUGGCUAGUUGUAAUCCAAGAAAUAAUGGGAGGCAGAAGUCUUAUAAUAGGUGGAUGUUAAAAUGGUAUUCUCUGUAGUUAAGGUUAGAGAUAUGUCAAAGAAGUUUACUGAAUGAUUUGAAAUGUUGCUUGUGUACUGAAGGGCUGGAUGAUAGUUCUUAAAAAAAUUGAUAGAAUUAUGGAAAUUGUCUAUGCUUGAAGUUUAAAUUCCAAUUAUGUUAUUACUCUAUCAUCAGUUUAAUACAGGCAUAGAACCAUUAUAAGUUUGAAAUAUGUUUUACUCUAUGUAGCCUGCAAACUGGUUAGUAAAUGACAGUCUCAUCUUGGUACCCAAUGGUUACACCCUUUAUUUGUUUGUAAAAUGAAUAAUUGAAAGAGAAGGUAUUUAAUGUCAAAAGUAGGUCAACUAGUUUUACAAACACUUGUUGCUGGUUGAGGCAUAACCUCAAAGCUUCAGACCCUCAUUAUAUAAGGACUUAAUGUCCAAUGUGAAUAACAAUGGAUUAGAAGUAGUUAGGGAAACACAUGAAGAGUUUCCAUUCUAUCUUUGAUAUGGGUUGGAAGAAUAAGUACAAAGGGUUUCAUAAUUUCAUCUAAAAAGCUAGAGAUUAACUCUAAGACAGUUAAAUGUAGAAACUGUAGGUCUCCUGGAGUUUCAGCCUUGUGUAUCUUAGGUACGAUGUAAAAUAAGGAUAUUUUUGGUUCUUCUAUGAUUAGGUCUUGGGAAUCUAGUGAGAGUUCUUCUUCAUUUAUAAAAUUGUUUACAAUCUCCUUUACAGUGGUUUGGAGUUUAAUGUAGUAUUCAUAUAUAGAGUUGUUAUUUUACCUCUGCUAUAUACAAGUCCUUAUUCCAUGGAACUGUAAUAAUACCUUUGUACACAGGUGUGAUGAUAAUAUUAUGUUUAAAAAUGCAUUUAAUAGAGAAAUUUAUUUUAUUGAUUACUUUUUGACAUCUGUUGAAAGAAUACUCUAAAGCUGGAAAUUUUCCUUGGCUAGUUGUCCAGGUGUUAUUGUAUCUUUUAAAAAGAAUGAAAGGAUUUUUGUUUGAAGAGGGAAGGACAUCAUUAUUUUAACUGUCAGAUAGAUUUUGUUCUAUAUUUAGUUAUUGUGGACAACUAUAAGAGAAACAGGUAAAAUAAUGUUUGAAUGAGCAUAUUAACAUAUCUGUAACAUUUAGAAUUGUGAUCCAGACAAGCCUGUGGCUAAAAAUUUCAAUGAUCAUGACCACAAAACUAGCCACUUUAGAAUACAGGCCCUCUGUAACUUAAGAAAAUAAACAACAAAAUAAAAAGGAACUCAUUUAACAGCCUGUCACAAUUCACCUAAAGGGAAUAAAUGUAAUAUUUUUUUCUAUAGUGAUUUACCUAUGAGAAUAUGCAUGCAUACAUACAUACCUGUACAUAAGCUCACAUAUAUCUUUUUGUUUGUACAUGUGUAUGCACACACACACACACACACACACACACACACAUAAAUAUAUAUUUCAACAUUAUUUUAUUUCAUUUUUAGACCCCAAAGCACUUCAUAUUUUUGAACUUUAGGAACAUGACAUUGUCUUGCAACAAUGCACAGCACCCUAUUUACCUAUUAUUAUUAGACUUUUUUUUUACUAAAUUUUUUAAAUGUAAUUUAAAUUUCAAUUUUUGUUUAUUGAUUUUAUUUAUAAUGAUAUAUAUAUUGAUAUUAUCCUAAUUUUAAAGCAAUAUUGAUUUGCCUGUAAUUCAAGUAGAUGCUGCUGUAGGUCUGUUGAAUGAUGAUAAUUUUCAAAUGUUCCCUGUUUGAUAAUCCUUGUGGUAUCAAACUUUUUGUCCCAUUAUUUAAAGGAUAACCAUUUUUUCUGGUAUAGGUUUUUUAUCCACCUUUUUUUUUAUCUCAGUGUACCACAAUGGUCUUUAGCUGAUUUGUAAUUUUUUAGACUCAAAUAGUGUCCUAGCAUCAGUGGUAUUUUAUAAGAAAUGUUAAAAAUUAGUUAAAUGUAAGUGGGAAAAAUUUUUCAAAUAUGUUGUUACUUUAGCUACUGUAUAAGUAGAUCAGGUUGCCUCAUGCCUUAAACAUAUCAAAUUUUUCUAAUUCUGAAAGGCUGUCCUGGUAAUAAAUGGAAUCAUAAUAUUUAAAAGUUAAUAUAUUUAUAAUGUGUAUUGUACAUGAUAAUUAUCAAUUUUGUAUCAUAGUAAAUGUUUCACUAUGCAGUUAGUCCAAUGUUUCAACAUUAAUACAAUUGUAUCACUUUUCUAUUCAUAAGUUGUAGUGUACUUUAUUACUGACAGAUAUGCUGAUGCAUAUACCUGCUUUAUAAACUUUGAAAAAACAUUCAAUUCAAUAUGGAAUAAUACAUAAUGUGUUUAUUCAUAUGCUUACAACAAAUAAUUUCAAGUAUCUAAAUAUAACACCUCUUCCUUUGUUAUGAUCAAUUCUAAUAAUAUCACAGGGAUUCAUAUUGUCUCACACAUUUUUUGAAACAUAUACCAUUAAAUGUAGACACAAACUAUUACAUACUAAAACAUAAACAGUACACAACUAAUAGAUUAAUUCAUGUGGCAUUAUGAUCUCAUAACAAAAAAAAGAACAUUCCUGACAAUAAGCUAUAAACUCCUGAACAUGUCAUAAGGUGUACAGUUGAAUAGGCUGCUUCAUGUGUGUCUAUAAAUCAACCAUCAGACAAUGGAGUUCAUAUUUUAUUACACUUAUUAAAAUAGAGAUUGGCCUUCUUAGUGAUAUAGAAUCAUUGGUGUUGUUUCAUGAACAGUGAUGUAGUUUCUUGGGCUUAAGUUUGUUAAAAUAAUGUGAAAAAGAAAUUAGUCUCUUUUUACUUUAUUGUGAAACUGUAAAUAUAAAGUUAUGAGAUUAAGUUAUAUUUCAGCAAGCACAGUUUGGGAGGUUUGAAUGGCUAGUUUAAUGAACAUUUCACUUUGAAUCUGAGUGAUAUGAACUCUUCUUUUUAUAUAUCUACAGAUAUUUAAAUCACUAUGGAGCUAUUGUAAUAAACUUUCAAGCUUUCUCUACUCUAAAUCUUAAUAAUUUCUGAUGUGGCAUACAUAUGUCAUCAUCUAACUAAACCAUAAAUUAGUGUUUCCAAUCUUAAAAGAAAAAAUUACACUUCUGUUUAAAUUGUGUAAGGUACUUAGACGUUUUUAUGUGUACAUAACAAAUGUGGUAUUUGUUCAGAAAAUUCAGUAGGUUCUAGGUUCUGAUUAUUAGGUUGAAAUAUGUUUUAGUUUGCUAGUCAGUUCUUCUGCAAACUUAUUACAUUACAAUGAAACAAAUUUGUUUAAAAAUUAGUUUUAUAUUUAAAACUUACUCCGAAUGAUUAUUGGGUUUUAUUGAAAAUUAAUGUUUUGGAUUUAAUGUAGGUUCUUUUAUUGGGUAUGUCAUAAACAAGCAAUAAAUUUAAACUGCUGGUCAAUUGCCCUAAGAACAGCUAUUUUGUUUCUUUUUGAUAAGUACUCCUGUGGAUGAUUUCAGGAUAGUUAAUCUAGUGAAUACUUGUAGCUUUCUAUUUGAGAGUUUGGAUUAA